AGUGGUACAUGCAUGAGUUUCAGUUAUCUCCCACGGAAAGGAAACACCUCCUUCUCAACACAUGUGAGGACCAUUCCCGGCUGGUCCUCCCUCCUCUAAAAGGAUGACAGGGAGUGGAUCAUAGUGGAGGGCUGCUCCCUCUACAGCAGCUACAUCAGCUCCUCUGUCACGAACGCCGAGUGACCAACAAGCUCUCUCUGCUGCUUUGUCCAAAUUACGGGAUCUUAUCUCAGUGUUGGCUGACACACCAGGUCCAAAUUUGGAUCUAAAUUAUUUGUUUUCCCAGCAUUUUGCAUUAGUCAAGCUGUGGAGCAGCUCUCAUCCAGGACCAAGGAUCUAUUGCUGGUGUUGGAGCUCAGUGUGGAACAGAAAGUCCUGGUGAGAUGAUAGAUAUCUGAACACAUAUUGAACCAGGAUGGAGCCUGUUAAAAGAGACAUGGAGCUGCUCAGUAACAGCAUGGCGACCUACGCUCACAUCAAAGCCAAUCCAGAGAGCUUCGCCCUCUACUUCAUGAUGGGCGUGUGUUUCGGCCUGCUCAUGGCUCUGUGCCUCAUGGUGGCCGCCAUCGCCUGCAGGACUCGCCGCCACAUCAAACCUCCCCCUUCCCCCGAGAGGAGGCAGCUGAAGGAGUCUAGCGAGGAAGAGGACGAUGAGGAGGACAGCAUUGCAGAGGAAGACGGGGAGGAGGCGGAGAUCCCUAAAGUGACAGUAGGGCCCAUGAGCGAUCGCAGCAGCCCGUCUAAUGGGACUCUGAGGAGCGUGAACGUGUUCGCAUCGGCCGAGGAACUGGAGAAGGCUCGACGUCUGGAGGAGAGAGAACGAAUCGUCAGAGAGAUCUGGAGGAAUGGACAGCCGGACAUCCUGGUCACAGGGACGGGGACGAUUGGACGAGUUCAUUACCACUAACAGACACUUUGACUGUGCCCUUCAUUUCCACCUCACUGACUGAAAAGGGCGGGACAGACAAAUCAAGACAUUUAGAUUUGUGUGGUGACCCACAGUGUUCAAUAUGAAAAUAAGAGACUGCAACAAAAUUAUUUGGGUGGUGAGGAGGACUGAACUUUAUGGUUCACCAAAGCCCUCCCAAUGGUCAUUAAUGUUUGAACCCUUCUCUUGUUUCACCUGUUAAAACAUGUACACCAUUUUAAAUCGUGAUAUCUAUUGUGUACCAUCAAUGUACACAUUAAUAAACACUGAUACAGAGACAAAAAAAGUCUAAUUAAAUUCUAAUUAAGGACAACAAUAAAACUUUAAAAAAAACAACAACCCACCAUCCUCCUUGACUGCCCUUUUUCGUACAGUCCAUAAAUAACAAAAUUAAAAAAUCUGAAAUAAGUAAUGGCAUAAAUAAAUACACAAAAAAUACAAGAUAUUAUCGAUAUAUUCACAAACAAAACCUGUUUGUCCUGAUUGAAAAUAAUUCAGUCUUACAGCAUUGUAAAAUAAGAGAACUUGGAGAAAAUGAAUAAAUGUAAAAACAUAUUUAAAUAAAACUACUGUGAAAAACUUCAAUAGAUAAACUCUCUGGAUGAGAAAAUAUUGCAUAUAUAAAUCUAAAAUUCAAUAAAAAAAAUAAAACAACGAUUCAGUUUCAAUUUCAGCGUUACAUUUUUGUCUGUAUUUAGUAUUUAUGAUUAUAUGGGGUACAUACAUUUUGUAUUAUAUUGCUUGUGAUAGAAAACAGACUUUUGUAUGUAGCAUAUUUAGCUUCUUCUGUAUUUUACCAUAUCUUUGCAUUGUGAAUAAUUAAAAGUUAAACCACUUUUUAAGCAGCAACAACUGGGCAUGUAUUUAUUAACGGAUGUGCCAGUGUCCAUUUUGUUUGGCAAACUAUAUGUUCAUUUGCUUCCUUGCCGAUAAAUAAAUGAGAAAAACAUGACACUCAAAUGUUUGGAUGCUUAAGUUGUAGCUACUAGCUGGAGCCCAGAGACAGUUAGUUAAAUUAGCUUAGCACAAACACUGGAAACGGGUAGAGACAGUUAGUCUAGUUCUGUCCGAAAGAAAAAUUACCUACCAAGGAUACUAAAUAUUGAAAUAAAUAAAUAAUGAAAGAUCAGACUGAUAUUUUAUAUUUUCUUCUAAAUAGAACAACUUCCGGAAGUAACCGGUCCCGCCCAAGAAAUAGUCUGACCCCAAACCACUGAUAAACAUUCUUUGUUUCUGGCUUCUCAAAUGUGAAUAUUUUCUGAUUUGUUUCGUCACAUGUGAUAGUACACUAAUCUUUUGUAGUUCCUUGUUAAAGUAAUCUUUUAUAGUAUCGUUGGCACCACCGAUUGUAAAAAAUAUAAUAAAAAAAAUAAAAAAUAAAUAAAUAACACAACGGUAACGGUAGUAGUCCUUACCUUGACGUUGACUGGCAACCGGGGUAGACUCCAAGAAGUAGCCGGUCGCGUCCAAGAAGUAGUCUGACC